GUGGUAUGGAUUACACGAAAUAUGUAAUUAAAUCGACUAAAUAAUUCGAGUCCCUUUUACAAAUUGCCUAUGAACAGUAUUUAAAUUAUAAAAUAUGAUCGAUAAAAAAAAAUUGAGUCGUGCAUUUAAUAUAUCGAUAUUGAUAGCACAUGGGUGUUUAUUAUUUGUUGUGGGUUUCAUAUUCGUAAUCUGUUUUACAAGUACGGUUACUUUGUUUACCUGGCAUCCAAUUUUGCUGACAAUUGGUUGGGUGUUCCUAUUACAAGGUAUCCUAAUUUUUCCACGAGAAAACAUUGUUACUAGGGAUUUAUCACAUAAAUGGCGUGUAACCCUACACUGGAUUUUACAAUCAGUUGGAGCAUUAUCGUUAUUAUGUGGAUUUAUCAUAAUAAUUGUAAAUAAAUUUAAGCGUGAUGGCUAUCAUUUUCAGACAUAUCAUUCUCAAUAUGGUUUAGCAUUCUUCAUUUUAGCAGCAUUAACAAUAUCCGGUGGAGUUUAUACAAAUUUUUUUAAAAAUACAGUAUUUUAUAAAUUUGUACAUUCGAUAUUCGGUAUUGGUACUUUGAUUAUUGGUGCUGUUGCAUUUAUAUUAAGUUUUUAUAGUGGUUUUACAGUGCAACAUAGUGCAAAGUUUAUGCAAUAUUUGUGUAUAACAUUAUUAAUUUAUGUACAUAUUAUUGUAUUAUUAAGACCAUUGUUGACGAUGCUUAAUCGUAUUCGAUAUUUAGCAAAAGCAUAA